UUUUGCUUUUGGGCCGGGGUUUUGUUCGAGCUUUAUGCCUUGUUUGGUUGCCUCCAGACGGAAAAGAAGAUUCAGAGAUGAGAGAAUGCCUGGGAAUCACGCUAUCCUAUUCCUAUGUAUGUAUGCAGACAGUGCGGGGCGGGCCACUUUUAUUUAUUCGUUGUCGGUGAUGGAGAAACAGCUGGUGCGCCCACAAGAGCCAAGCCAUUCCACUUUUUGGUUAAUCCGACGAGACUUGAGAGUUUUUUUUUUCUUUUGACAGGUGAGACUUGAGAGACUUCAGCGUCACCUGAAAAAGAAAGGAAACUUGGAAAUUCGGGGCACAAGUUUUUCUCUCUUUUUUUGAGAAGAAGAAAAAAUUUAGGGUGCAAGUACAACUGGGUAACGAUUCGGCCCAUGGGCUGAAUGGCCUCCCAUCCCAGCCUGGGCCCGUGAGCCCGCCGCCGCCGCAAACUGGCCUUGGCAAAACGGCAAACCGCUCGCGAGACGGACUGUCGUUUAGUGAACGGCACACAAGCCUUGCUGGAAUCACAACUUCACACUUGCCAAUCAUCUUGGUAGCUAAGUACCACUUAACUGGAAACCAUCGCAAUCCGAGCUAGUUAGCAGUUACAAGUAUUUCGUUGUGACUGUGAUGGGCCAUCCUCGCUCUACCUUUUUCAGCUUUGACAUUAACAGCUACGUUUGAGAAGAGAAACAAUGGUAUCCGGAGCAGUAAAGUGAUGGUAACAGCCUAACAGGUUUCACCUUGAUCCUUGACGCAUGCUCAAACCACCUUUGAUUCCUACUGUUCCUUUUGACGAAAGCGAACGACCCCAUGGUGGCUCCUACCAAAGUCAAGGAUAGAAUCACAUGUAUUUACUAUGACCUGCUUUGGUCCUCCUAACAAAGUAACAAGCUUCCUAAUAGUUGAGGUGACGUGAGACUGGGGGGUAGACGCGCACACACUCCUAGUCUUUUUAGUCCUUUUAUUUUACCACCCAAUGCCCCCCAACCACCUUUCUCCCCACUUUGUUCAUUCGUCUUCAUUUUUAAGUCAUUGGCUCUCUACCAACGACAAGCAAACAAACAAAAGUUGCAAAAUCGAUGGUUGAGAUGAGUAGACGGAACGGGACCCCAAACCCAACCCAUCGUUCUCCACUGGAAGUUCAUGGUCUGUGGCUGUAAAUUGUGCCAAGGUUUUAUCAGCAGCAAGAUAGGUGGGUGAUGCAUGAUCCAGCAGAUAAAGAUGUAGCAGUGUGUGUAUAUAUAUAUGAGGUCACCUGGCUACACCUCAACCUAGCCGGAAACAAAUACUCAGGGCGAUAACAGGAGAGGUUGAGUGCUAGACCGGCCGUGCCGCCCCUCUUUCUAGUUGUCUCCUCUGCAGCCAACAAAGACCCUGCUUCCCAGAGGCCGGAGCUGCAACGAUCAUGGCGGCAGUCCCGGUGUACAGCAUCACAAGGGCCGAGAUCGACGAGUUCUGGAGGAGGAAGGAGGUGGAGGCUGAGGAGCGUCGCCUCGCUGCCGAGAAGGAAGCUGCAAGAAUCAUGGCCAAGACACUCAAGAUGGAAGACUAUGCGCUCUUUGAACAAAUGAUGAGGGAGAUUCUCGAGGGGAACACAGGAGAUGGGGAAACAGCAUCCAUGGUCCCAGCUGCCACCGGUGGCACCGAGGCACGGAUUAUUGGCAUCAAACACUGGUGGACAAGAAGUACUUAUGCUUAUCUGAAUGCACCUGCACUGUCCAUGGAUGAGAAGGGUGGAAGCAAGCAUGCCAUCACAUAUGUUCCGCAGGAGAGAUGCACCAUGUUCUUCUCAUCAACUCCAUGCCAGCCAUAUUCCACUGCUUUUGUGAUCUUUUAGGUGUCCAUGCCAAGGAUAAGCUGGGACAUUGGUAAUUAAAUCAGAAAAAAUGGAUGUGAUUCAUGUGUCAGUACUUUGGGUCGCAUAUGCUGCACCACAUUGUUUCUAAUUUGGUAUUUUGAUUGUAUAUCUUCCAGUACUGCUUACUAAACCAAGUAAUAAGUAUGGAUAACCAUGUUGCUUCAUGUACAAAGCAAGACCGCUACUAAUGAGAAUUUGUCAACAACAUUGCCUGCCA